UGUUGCCCCAGAGAAGGCAUUUGACAGCGACUUUAUGUUGAACAAGCCACAGCUUACGGGACCCGGAGGAGGUUUAAAAUUAACAGUGGGAGAUAACGACAUGCCCAAAUCAUCAGGAGGUGGUGCCAAAGGUAAUUGGCCCGACAUCAAUGGAGUUGGCAUGAGCACAGUCGCCUUCCGCCUUAAUGAAUGUGGUGCUGUCGCACCACAUGUGCACUCAGAUGCGACUGAAUUUCAAACGGUUGUAAUGGGUGAAGGUAUCAUCGGAACGUACGGAGUGGGAGAUAAUAUACUGAGACUAGAGCACGUCACAAUGGGAGACACAUUUUUCUUCCCUAGAGGCAGUAUGCACUUCCAGAUCAACACGGCACUCAUCCGUUUGUGUCCGUAGGAGCAUUUGAUGUUUCGCAGCCAACUGCUGCACUAGUUGUUGGGUUCGUCGGACAGCUGGGUG